AUGCAGGACUCGGCUCUCCGCGAAAAGAAACGCGCUCAUCGCCAAUCACUAGACGCGUCUCCUAGACGAAGCCUGUUUCUCAUAUGCACGCCCCAGACAGGUGUCGCUGCCACUCACACACCCGGAACUGAGUUUCGGACUGUGAUUUGGCUUCUGACACUUUUCAUUGUGCCAAUCACGACACCCAUAGCCACGAUUGCGCCCAAGGCCGUUGCCGGGACCGUGACGAGUUGUCUUGUUGUCGUCGCUGUCUUCACCGCCCCAAUCUUGGUAACUCUUCCCAAGAUUGAAUUGGCCCGGCCGUUCAGUCUGCAGACCCGCACCAUCAUGGCUGCCCCACGGAGCCGCAAGCGGAAGCAAGCCCACGGGUCCGGCGCCGACGAUCCAGAAACCAGGAAUAGACCCCGGAAGCGCCCAAAGGUCUCCGGAAUCAAGGAUCCUAGCGUGAAGCAUAUCCUACUAGCUCAGCAUUACCCAAGGGUCCAAACGCUGCGCGACUUCCUUCUGGCCAAGUUGCCUACGUCAUCCAAGAUCCGAAGGAGAAAGAUAGCUGCUCUCGGCUCCCAUGCUCCCGAAGGAAAGGUUGUGAAGGAGACCGAGGUAGCCAUUGGACGCUUCCUCGACUCGACCUUGGUCACCGGAGCAGGCGAGACGCGGCCGAGCGAGCCGGACGAUCGUUGGGAGAAGUGGGUGAGCUUCUCACAGAGAGGGGAUGAGUCCUAUGUUACUCUCUCAGACGGUCCUUCAGGGGCACUUUUCUCCCAGUCCGAGAUUGUUGACUUUGUCAUUUGGCUCCUCUUCGAACGGGAGAAGAAACAUGGCAAAUGGCCAAAGCACCUACUGUGCGAUGGAUAUCGUAGAACGCUGGCAUCCAAUGCCCCAAAGGGCUUGCCGCCCGCCGCCAAUACAAUUCCAGGGCUGUUCUGUGUGCAUCCCAAUCCACAUGUCCAGACUCUCAAGGAAGACCCCUGGCCGCAAGUGCUUCUGCUGCUAGGCCAAGCGGGAGAAAGGGUCAUGAUUGAUCUGUUGUUUGACUGUUCCAUCUUUGUUGCCAUGGAGUCCGGGCAGGACAACCUUCACCAGUUGAGCGGCAAGCCCUUGUUUGAUCUUGAACCCCUGAGCAAAGGCUCACAUCAAGUGAAUGCUGGGGAGACCCAAGCAACCAAGUUUGAGAGGAAGCCUACCGAGAUGGUCUUCGUCAGAAGCCGUCUGUUCUAUGCAAGAGCUGCUCUGAAUGCUCGUGGCCUGGUUCACUUUGGUCUUAGACAUAUCCAUGCGCUCAACCGAUUUACCUACCGGUCUGCUUCGACGUUUCUCGACCAACCUCCCAAGGAUGAUGAGGUCAAGAAUCUUGAGAGGCGGAAUGCGGCUAACACUGUCAAAGUGAUGAUGUACAUCUUUCCGAGGCAAUUCGGUCUGCACAACGCCUUCACCUCCAUGGUGGAUUUCCGCAAGACAGCUCAGAAAUUCCAAGACUAUACACUGCGUGAAGACGAGGUCUCAAAGCUCUAUCCGGACGUCGACGGCAAAUCGAAGCACCCUGUACCCAAGAGGCUGUGGGGAGAAGCCAAACGGCUAGUCGAGAGGCUACAAAUCCUGCACAACCGAUGCUCUUAUUCACAACUGCUUCAACAUUACUGCCCCUCGGAGGCUCUGGCCAAGGGCUCCAAGAAGGUUCCGUCAGCGGAGAAGACUGCCUCAAGCGGCAAGACGAAGAAGCGGAAGAAGCCACAGGCCAGCACAGCACCUGACGUGACUUUGCAGUAUACGUCUCUCGCGGAUCUUGCCACUCCAAUCGCUCACGUAUCAGCAUUCUGCCAGGCGGUGCUCAAGAGACUUAUCCCGAACGAGUUCUGGGGUACGGGAGAUGUGCAGACACACAACAAAGACCUGUUCCUGACAAACGUGGAUCGAUUUGUCAAGCUCCGACGCUUUGAAUCUAUGAAUCUUCAUGAUCUGAGGCAGGGCUUCAAGGUCACGGAGAUCGAAUGGCUUGCUCCUCCCAAGUUAAAGGGCCAGAAGCUCAGCCGCACUGACAUGGAUAAGCGGAACGAGAUUUUCCUCGAAUUUCUGUACUAUACGAUUGAUUCUCUUUUGAUACCCCUGAUUCGCAGCAAUUUCUACGUCACAGAGUCGAACGUGCACCGCCACCGACUCUUUUAUUUCCGCCAUGACAUAUGGCGCUAUGUUGCGGAACCGGCCAUGGCGGCCUUGAAAGCAAAGAUGUUUGAGGAGGUCAAGCUUGAGGAGGCCCUCCAGAUAUUGAAUUCCCGACAGCUGGGCUUUAGUCAGGUCCGGUUGCUGCCGAAGGAUACGACGAUGCGGCCGAUCACCAAUCUGAGGCGGAGGACGGUUCCCAUAGGCAAUACCAAGAUCCUGGGCCCCAGCAUCAAUGCCAUUCUAGGGCCCGUCCAUACAGUCCUAACCGCUGAGAAGAACCUCCACCCGGAGCGGCUGGGAGCAACCCUAUUCUCUGUUAGCGACAUAUACAAACGCCUCAAAGGCUUCAAGCAAGGGCUGCCGCAAACGGGGCAGAAGUUCUACUUUGCCAAGGUCGACGUGCAGGCCGCUUUCGACACGAUCCCGCAGUCGGCCGUGAUCGAGCUGAUGAACACCGUCCCGUCGCACAAAAGGUACCAGGUGCUCAAGCACGUCGAGCUCAAGCCGGGCGAGAGCGCCGGCCGCAACGGCGCGACUGCCGCCAAGGCCAGCCGGCGCUGGAGGGCCUCGGCCAAGGCGGCGGGCGACGACACGAGCUUCCUGCAGAUCGCGGAGCGGCAGCACGCGCCGAACCGGCGCAACACGGUGUUUGUGGACAACGUCGUGACCAGGCAGCACGACAGCUGGGCCCUGCUGGCGCUCAUGUCGGCGCACGUCCGGCAGAACCUGGUCAAGAUCGGCAAGAAGUUCUACCGCCAGCGGGACGGCAUCCCCCAGGGGUCCGUCCUGUCGUCGCUGCUGUGCAACUACUUCUACGCCGACCUCGAGGCCAAGCACCUGGGCUUCCUCCGGUCGGAGGGCUGCCUGCUGCUGAGGCUCAUUGACGAUUUCCUGCUCAUCACUACGGACGCGGCCAAGGCUUCGAGGUUUGUGGAGGUCAUGCACGGCGGGUUCCCCGCGUAUGGCGUGACUGUCAGCCCGGGCAAGAGCCUCGUCAACUUUGAGCUGGAGCAUAACGGCUCGAUGGUCAAGAGGAUAAGGGAUGGGGAGGGCUUCCCCUAUUGUGGAACUUUGCUUGACUGCAGCUCCUUGGAGAUCAUGAAGGACCGCCUGAACUUCAAGGAUCCGGUGGUUACAAACUCGCUGACCGUCGAGUUCUCGCGCUUCCCAGGCCAGAACUUCAAGCGCAAGGUUCUCAAUGCCUUCAAAAUCCAGUCUCACCUCAUGUUCUUCGACACGACGCACAACGCCCCGUGCACGGCGCUGCGCAACAUCCACGGCGCCUUCUGCGAGACGGCCACCAAGAUGUGGGCGUACGCCCGGUGCCUUCCCAAGGGCAAGCAGCCGUCUCCCAGGCUUGUCGUCGACACCAUCAAGGAGCUCAUCGAUGUGGCGUACAUGCUCCUGGCGGGCAAGUCCCGGAGGCAGAGGUACCCGGGGUACAAGUUCGGCGUGCGCAGGGCGCAGGUGGCCUGGCUUGCUCUGCAUGCGUUCCGCCGAGUGCUGGCGCGGAAGCAGUCUCGGUACGGUGCUGUGAUCGCCUGGCUGGAUGGGCAGAUGGAGGACUUGGAGCAGAAAGAGGAUGUGCGGAUGCCUCAGGGCGCGGUUGCGUGA